GCGAAACAUCAACAACGAAUCCUCCACGGAUGACCCGGGUGUCAGGCACUGAUCCCUCGUGAACAAUCAGUAACUAUGCUCUUCUGACAUCAAUAAGGCUGCCUCAGGAGGCUGAUGGGCAGGCCAUGUUGACGCACGGUCACCAAGCUUCUCUGUCCCACUGUUUCAAGUUGACUUGUCCUGCUUCAAGUGGCUCUUCGAUCUUGGACACAUCCAGUUCGGUUGGAUCGAAUCUUCGCCGGAUGUGCUGUUGCCAUCAUGUCUAGAAACGCAUCCACAGGGUCGAUGAAAUCGAGGCCUUCCGUCGUCUCUACCAAGUCCUUCGCCCGUUAUGAACCUGAGCAUCCUUCUCCUACACUGGGGAGAAGCAGAGCCAGCACAGUACAUUCCCUUACCUCCUCGAAAUCCCCGGAGAAAGAUGAUGUCUUUGAGAAACCUAUCAACGAAGAGAAUGAGCCGCCUUCUCCGGACCUUGGGAGGUCCCAGACCCUGCCAGAUCGAUUCGACGAACUACCAAUAGAACUGGCAAGCCUGGCAGACAGAUUUGUUGAAUCUCUGAGUGUGAAAGUCUACAAUGAGCCUCCCUCGAUUGAUCAACUGGCCGACCUAUUCCAAGAAUUCUACGCAAGAGCAUCUGGCGCCAUCUCGAUACACAUCUCCGCCCUCAAGUCUCGAAUACACAGAGAGUCCUCACCUGCACCUUCGAAAGGGUCGAACCUGGCUCCUCCAACUAAGUCAGCAAACUCCCGCCAGAUGUUGACGGCAUCUGAAGUCACCGAAAAGCGAAAACAGAGAAAACUGUUGGAAUACAAGAGGAUUUUGUUGGAAGAGGCGGUGGAGAAGAGAGUCUGCGAGAAGAUAUACGACAAAAUCUGGAGACACAAGAGCACGCUGGAUGAAGUCAGAGAUGAGAAGCUGAGGUCAAAAACUGCAGCACUGUCAUUAGUAGGCAUAGGGCUGAAAGACCUGGGCAUUGAGUGGGAUUCCGCAACGGAAAAGACGGUUGAAGAUGUGCAAGCUUCGCUGGCACCAGCGAGAGAAGGCCUUGCAAAGAUGAACGAUGAACACUAUCCACUAGGCAAGUUACAACAUCUGACCGCCACCCACAAAGCCAUUGUCGACACAUUAUACACUAUACACCCUUCCUCAUCGUCCGCGGACGAGAUCCUGCCUACCUUGAUCUACACCUUGAUUACAUCUCCCAUCGAAGGCAUAAACAUUAUCAGCAACCUACAUUUCAUUCAACGCUUCAGAGCAGCACCGAAGAUGGACGGCGAGGCAGCAUAUUGCUUGACGAAUCUAGAAGCCGCUAUCAGCUUCCUCGAGAAUGUUGAUCUUACGAGUCUAAGAGCAGAUGAACUGCCUGAAGGACCAAAGAAGGCUCCUGCACAGGCAGAAGUGGAAAAUCCAACCAAGCUGGAGGUUUUCCCUGCCUUCCCCGGCACAGCACCACCUUCUACUCCGACGACAGUAACAUCAAUGUCAAACGCAACUGGCACAAAUGUCGAAUCAAGUCCAGCGUCAUCCAUUAUCAAGCCAUUACCAGAGAAGCCAACUCCAGCUCCAGCCGCUAGGCACCAACGCACCUUCUCUGAUCUCCUGCAACCAAUAAGCAAUGCAAACGAAGCUGUCCGCUCUACCGCAGAAGAGGGGUUCAAAAACAUCUCAAGCACACUGGACAACAGCUUCAAGUUCCUGAUGGGGAAGCUGAAAGAGCGCAGCACCGACGACGCGAAUGCGGAAGUCAUUGUUCCGAAAACGCUCGACGAAGCAAGGCAACUGGUCAAUCGACCUCUGACUCCAGACGAGGACGACCACGCUCUUAGCGAAUCGAGUUCUAUCCACGACGGUCAGCAUACACCCAUACCUUCGAAUCUUACCAAGACCGAAGACAAGAUGCUGGGGCUGUUUGGUGGCCGCAGACCAACGGCGCGGGAACGAAGCGUGGAUAGUGUCACGAGCAGUGGAAGUGGGAAGAGGGUAGGACUGGGUGCACCCCACACCAACUCGCCGCCAAAUGGGCUGGCCAACCCACAGAAGACGGCUGCUCCAGGAGCUCAGCCAUCGAGCAGCAAUCCUUUGGAGUCGGUCAAGAAUUUUGGUACAAGUCUAAAUCCGAUCAAUCAUAUAGGUUCAGCGUUUGGCGGAGCAUUUGGUCGAUUUAGCAGCAGAACCAGUGUAUCUGCUUCGCCGCCUGCAGCAGCGCCUACAACGUCGGCUCCAACGAUCGUCCUCGACACUAAGUCUGCAUCAGAAGAGAGCAAUAAGAAGGCACAUGGCCAUGAAGUGGGGAAAGUUCCUCUCCGUGUUCCUAACGAGGAGGAGUUGUCGAUUAUCAGGGCAGCACCUCCAAUAACGCACUUCAUGUCAGUGACAGAUGCCAGUGAGCUGAAGAUUCGAGAUGUGCAGGAUUUGCUGGCGGACUAUCAACGCCUGGCCAGGGUACUGGGCAAGCUUGUCCAAAGGGCCGUUGAAGACGAGGCCGUUACCGAUCAUGCCGAAGGCGAGACUGAAGGCUCUACCGUGGGUAGUGAUCACGAAAAGAGCUGAGAAUUGAUACCCCGAACGGGAAUCAGCGACUUUGGGUUGUCCGACCCGUUGGACCGGUAUCGACGAGCUUGAGAAGACACUUGCUUGCCCGGGCCAUAACCAGAACGGCCCACAUCUUUGAUGCCACGAGCACCUCCGAGAAGUGUUUAGCGCCAGCGCGCUUUACGACCAUAUCCCAGUGCUCUGGGUAUCACUCCGACUAUCCCAAGGGGACCCGGAGGGGUGCAAUACAUGCGCAAAAAACCCGCAUGAAGUCACUGCGAAGACUAUUGUCGACCGCGGAUAUGGAGGCAGCAUCAGCAGGGCCAAGAAAAGGCGCAAGCAUCGAGGGACCCGGCCACAGCUCCUCUGCAUCCACAUUCAGUGAAAACGAAAUCUCCAAUCCUGAGGGGAGAAGGAAGGGGAUGGAGAGAGCAAUACAGAGCAACGCACGGGUGCAGUGCUCACGUACCUAGUGUUGCUUAUCAUUGAGCGUCACUGCCAGAGCACUGAACUCAAGUUGGCUCCGAGGCUCUGACCUUCAGUAGUACCUGGCCAGACCAGAACCAGUGAUAACCUCGAAUGGCCGUACCUGAUGAUGCCCCUGAUGCAGGUUGUCUCUCUCUCCACUGGCGUAACGUAGACGCCGACAGGGCUGCGGGCGAGUACAAAUACAAAUCUUGCACUUUUCAUUCCGAAGUUCUGUGCCCGGUUACUUGAGGAACGUGUUGUACCGCAAUCUGUAUCUAAACGUCCUGACCUCUGGCUUGCAGUGCCACAGUGCUUAAGUAUAUAUCAAAUUU